AAGAAGAAGAGUAAGCAUUGACAUAAACACAACGAUACGAAAUAAAACACCAAUUUCAAAAAUGUCGGACGAGACGAAGACUGAAACUGUUGCAACUGCGGCGGUAACUGUUGCAAGUGGCUCACAGCUAACAAAUGCACAGAAAGCGCGCAUCGAACGCAAUCAAGCAAAGGCGCAAAAGUUGCGCGAGGCAAAGCUCGUCUCGCAUCCUUACAAGAAUAUUACCAAUAAAGGAAACAGCGGCGAGGAACAAAUAGGCCAGGCCAAUGCCAUUAUCAAAGUGCAGGGCACCAAGUACAUUGACAGCGGCGGCGGUUUUCUAUUGGAGCAGCCAGUGCUGCCAAUAACUGGUAAAACUGCUAACGGGGAUGCAGCUGAAGCGACGGCCGCCAUCUUAGAUGAUGCCAUUGCCAUACCGGUGGUCUAUGAAGAGUGCUUGGACUGCGGCGAUCAAUAUGCCGACUCGUAUUUGUUUAACAACUUCGGGCAUUCGGUGUGUGACAAGUGUCGCGACACCGAGGAACGACAUUCGUUGAUCACACGCACCGAGGCAAAGGCGGAAUAUCUGCUCAAAGAUUGUGACUUUGAUAAACGAGAGCCGAAAUUGCGAUACAUUAGUCGCAAGAAUCCGCACAAUGUGCGCUGGGGCGAAAUGAAGCUGUAUCUGCAUCUGCAGGUGCUCAAGCGUGCCAUGGAGGUGUGGGGCAGCGAGGAGGAGCUAACGCGUCAGCACGAGUUGCGCGAGGAUAAACGCGAAGUGGGCAAGGCACGUAAAUACAACAAACAGAUGAAAGAGUUGCGCAUGGAGGUGCGUAGCAGUCUUUUUACGAAGAAAACCAGCGUUGUGCAUCAGCACGAGUUUGGAGAGGACACCUACAACGAAGAGGAGGACAACUAUACGCACUCGUGUCUCAGUUGUCCAUACACCGAGACCUACGAGAAGAUGUAAAGCGUCAGUUUAGUUAUAGUUUUUUUUUUUUUGUUUGCUGUUCAGUCAAAAGCACUUGCAUUGUCCAUGUUCACAUGUCUCAAAUAGUAUUAUCAGCGUUAGUUAUAAAAAUAAAUAU